UCGGGACGAGUGAGGCCGGCUCCAUGUAUCCGGAAUCGACCACGGGGUCCCCGGCUCGGCUCUCCCUGCGGCAGACCGGCUCCCCUGGCAUGAUCUACAGUACUCGGUAUGGGAGCCCCAAAAGACAGCUCCAGUUUUACAGUGGCAGCUCCUGGGCCGGGUGGGACCAUGUUGUCCAUGACGUACAGCGAGAGCCUGAGAAGCGUGAUGAGCAGGUGUCACUCAGACUGGGCCCUGCAGCCCGUCCGCCAGGCCAGCACGCUGGAGCUGCAGCAGCUGCGGGAGGUGCGGGCAGCCGCCCAGGCCAGGAACAUGGAGAGCUUCCUGCGCAUGCACGGCCUCUCCCUGGACAGCUGCACCGCCCGGUGCACCGGCAUGAAGUACCGGAACCUGGGCAAGUCGGGCCUCCGGGUCUCCUGCCUGGGGCUCGGAACAUGGGUGACCUUCGGAGGCCAGAUCACCGACGAGAUGGCAGAGCAGCUAAUGACCUUGGCCUACGACAAUGGCAUCAACCUCUUCGAUACCGCAGAAGUCUACGCGGCGGGCAAGGCUGAAGUGGUGCUAGGAAACAUCAUCAAGAAGAAGGGAUGGAGACGAUCCAGCCUCGUCAUCACCACCAAGAUCUUCUGGGGAGGAAAAGCCGAGACGGAGAGGGGCCUUUCCAGGAAGCACAUAAUAGAAGGUCUGAAAUCCUCCCUGGAGCGGCUGCAGUUGGAGUAUGUGGACGUGGUGUUUGCCAACCGCCCGGACCCCAACACGCCCAUGGAAGGGGAUCCAUUUAGUUCCUCCAAGUCAAGGACAUUCAUCAUAGAAGAGACGGUGCGCGCCAUGACCCACGUCAUUAACCAGGGGAUGGCCAUGUACUGGGGCACAUCGCGCUGGAGCUCCAUGGAGAUCAUGGAGGCCUACUCCGUCGCCCGGCAGUUCAACUUGAUCCCGCCCAUCUGCGAGCAGGCCGAGUACCACAUGUUCCAGCGCGAAAAGGUGGAGGUGCAGCUUCCCGAGCUCUUCCACAAGAUAGGAGUGGGCGCCAUGACCUGGUCCCCUCUGGCCUGCGGCAUCGUGUCCGGAAAGUACGACAGUGGCAUCCCGCCCUACUCGAGAGCCUCCUUGAAGGGCUACCAGUGGCUGAAGGACAAGAUCCUGAGUGAGGAGGGCCGGCGCCAGCAGGCCAAGCUGAAGGAGCUGCAGGCCAUCGCGGAGCGCCUGGGCUGCACCCUCCCCCAGCUGGCCAUAGCCUGGUGCCUGAGGAACGAGGGGGUCAGCUCCGUGCUCCUGGGCGCUUCCAGCGCAGACCAGCUGAUGGAGAAUAUUGGAGCAAUACAGGUCCUUCCAAAACUGUCGUCUUCCAUUAUCCACGAGAUCGAUAGCAUUUUGGGCAAUAAACCCUACAGCAAAAAGGACUACAGAUCCUAAGAAGCCCCUGGCCGUUUGCCUGGACCGUUUCCGUUUCCCUCCUAGUCUCUCUGUUCGCUCGCUUAAGCUAUUUUGAAGCCAAGUCAAGAGUGUGGUUUGCUUCAAAAACAAAACAACGCACCAAGAUGUCACGGGGAAAAGAUCUCAGAAGUCACUGCCACACACCACCCGCUGCUUCGCAGGACCAAUGUCGGGUUCGUGUCGGGGAGUCGGCAUUGAUUCGAAGGCACUCGUGCAGUCCCACCCAAGCCUGCCGUCUCUGCUCCUCCUCCAAGAAACCACCACGUUUUCGCCCAGCCACGGCCCGUCUCAGAGACUCAAGUCCCAGCCAGGCCGAGACCAGCUGGGACCUGGGGGCAGGCAGAGCUGGCCUCUCCUCUGCCGAGAACCCCACCCGCUGUUGGGGAAAGGAUGAG